UCCGAUGUCUUCCUCAACUUCCACCAGCACUUUGCCCAGCGGCCUGGCCGUCCUGACGACCUUCCCAGAUGUGCUCUUCAUCCCUGAAAUCGUGAGUGCUGCCUUGUCCCUGGGGGAGGGCUGUGGCUGCUGCUUGGGCACUCAGCACAGGUUGUGCUGCAGGUGUCCGAGGGGUGACACUUGUCCCACGCCAGGUCCCUGAGCCACAGGGGGCUGGAGGGCAUCUCAUCCUCGGGGAAAACCACGGGCUCUGAAGCUCUCCUUUAGUCUGCAGUGGGAUUUUUCUGGAGUCCUUGAAAAACGUUUUAAUUUCCUGCCUGAAACACAGCAGGGGCUGCCGGUGGGUUUAAGCAGGUGCCAAAUGGAGCUGGUUAAUGACCCGGGGUGAUUUUAGCGGAGAGCACAGGCAGAGGAUGAGCUGCUGGCUUGGAGCAGGGGGUUAGGGAGCGAGGGAAUUGCUGGCAGCAGCCGAGGCUGUGCUUCCAUCGCGGCAUUCCUGAGCCGCAGGUGCGGAGCUGCGGGACCCUGGGCGUGUGGGAGAGCGAAAGGUGAGCAAAGGGUGAGCAAACACCUUGAAACCUCUUUCCACACUGUAGCUUCAUUGAGCAGGAGGAGAUCAUAAUCUUAAUGGACUUGGCGCUGGUGGUUGAAAGGAAUUGCUCUGAGCAUAGGUUAUUGGAUACAAAGUCUCAGCCUGAACUUUUCCCCUGUCCUCUGCCCCACUCAUGAAAUGUGCUCUUCGCACAAGAGCUUGGGAGGCUUUUUUCCAAAUUCCCAGCGCCUUGAAAGCUCUGGUUGAGUAUUGUAGAAUGGCAUUCAGAUUAUUUCAUGCUAAAAACUUCAGUUUUGCCAUCUGGCACCAAAUCCUUUCCGGUCACCCAGCCUGCUCCCCGCUCCUGGGAUAUACAAAGUUUCCUUCAUUCCCCUGGUGAUAACAAUGUAGCAAAGAGGAUGUAGACCUGAUCUGUGCCCAAGAGCAAUGCCCAGGUUUCCUGGAGCUACAGGAGGGAGGAUGUUGAGUGCCUGUGGAGAUUUUGGCUGGGCUGACACUUGCCCGCCACCCCUGCCCCUGAGUUAUGUUGGUCCUGCUGGCCUCAGAGAGCUCAUUCCCCUUGAACUGUUUGUUUGUAAUCCCUGUCUCCAGGGGAUUUGCCAGGGCAGCUUGCUGAAGUGAGCACACUAUCCUUGGUUUGGGUAAGAUCUGGAAAUGUGCAUCCUGAAGGCCCAGGAACCAGGAACCACCCAGGAAGGAGGAAUGCUGCAUGACUGGAUUUCUCCAUCUCCAGGCAGAUUCUGGGCUGUGCAACUGUGUGACCUCUGCUGUGUACAAAGGAGGUGGCUGCCUUGAAUCAGAGGGAUAAAGAGUUUCUCAUUCCUUAGUGGAAUCUCAGGUUCCCUGCCAUGGGCCGAGAUGGUAACAUAACAAAACAAAAUUGGCAUUUUAAAUGCUAAGAUAGUUGUGAAAGUUUCAGAAGAUCCUACCUGCAGCUCAGAUGAUUGCCACAUUUGCAUGGGCUGAUCAAAAGUUACCAUUUUUAAUCUGUGAGGCUCAGUUUAAUUCUUGUAAUCUAUUUAAUCUGAAGAAUUUUCUGCACAUAUGGAUACCCAGACCUAUGUGGAAAACCUGAAACAAGCUGAAAGCAGAUAUGUUUGCUUUGUAAAAGGUAUUUAAAGGAUGAAUUAUUUCCAGACUGCUGUAUGCAUCCUGCUGUGAGUUCUUGAAAGCCUCUCAAUCCUUCCUUCCUUUUUAUGAAUCUUCACUAUAAAACCAAAGUCAAUAAUCAAACCAGGUCAAACAGACAUUUCUGAGUGGUAAGCACAGCCUGCAGGAAGGAGAGAUGGUGAGUGGUAGGGAGUGAGCUGUGGUGCUUCUUUCCCCAACCUUGUAUCUCACCAUAAUUUGUGCUUGAUUUUAAUGGAGCAGCCAUAAUGCUUUUCCCCAGGAUUUUUAGCUGCAACACACUCAUUGUGUCAGCCCAUGAGUGAUUAAAAGGACUGGAUCAGUGUUCAAGGCUCAGCCUUUGGUUGUUACAGGAGGGACCACGAGAGCAGCACUUUGGAAGACCCAUUUUCACUCAGGUCUUUGCCACAUCUCAACCACAUAAUUGAUGUCAUGUGUCAAUUUGCAUAAUGGCACCAACAAACUUUCCUACAACUGUGGGGUGACACAAAUGAUGUAACAUUUUCUGAGUUAACAUAAAUCAGAGACUUUCUUUCCACUUGCAAAAUUAUUGGAAGGAAAUGGAAAUGAGUAUGAGCUGGCACUUGGAUGCUGGCUGGGAUACACUGGCCAUACAAGGAUCAGAAUGACCUUAAAGUCAGCAAGGCUCUCCUGCCUCUGGACAUCUGCCUGAAUCCCAGACUGGCUGGUGGUGAGGGAUAGAUCCCCACAACAGCACAGAUCCACAGAGUGUGGGCUCAGCUGUGGAGCUCCUCAUCACAGGAUGCUGCACAGACUGAACUCUGCACAGGACCAAGGAAUAACUGGGCUGAUUUGUGGCACAGAAAAGCUACUGAGGGCAUUUCAGUGCAAAGGCACCACUUGCACUCCAGACAUUCCACAACACUGAACAUAAUGCUCCCAUCCUCUUGUGCAGGAGUCUGCUGGUGAAGGGAUGGAGCCCAGACAUAGCUGUCCCUGUGUACCACCCAUGGCAAACUCCCAAGGCUGGCUGAGAAGGUCCUACCUGCUCUCACAGCAGCAGCUGGGACCAGGCACAGCUCUGAUGUAGGCAGUGAAGGAUGACCCAAAGGACUGGAGCAGAAAUAUGAGCUUCCUUUCCCAAGCAGAAGCUGGGAGCCUCAGGCUCUUUUUCUCUACCCAGAGAGUCAAACCUCUCUCAGAGUGAUAUUUGCAUGUGACCCUUGUGAGGGCAGGUGUCUGUGCUUCUUGUGCAGGUGAGCUGGGUUUGACAUGCUGGGUGUGAAGCAAAGAUACCUCUCCUAAGUCAGCCUCCCUGUUCAUUAAAGCCAGCCCUCAGAAGGGUCUGAGCCAGCCUCCUAAGCACACUGGUGUAGGGAGGGUGUGAGUGGUAGUGGCACCAGUGAGGAAUUUUUUUGGUCAGGAUCAGUGGCAGAUACUCCCAGCUGAAUGCCCAUUUUUGAGUGGAAGAACUCAUGGGCUGCUGCCAUGUGCAGUGCCAGAGGCGUGAGUGGCUUUUGGCUCUGCUCUGGACAAGUCACUUUAACCCACACUCACCCUGUCCCCCACUUUGACUUGCAGAUCUUUGGGGGCCUUGUGUGGAUCCUGGUGGCAUCCUCGAAGGUCCUAGUCCCCAUGCUGCAGGGCUGGGUGAUGUUUGUCUCCGUGUUCUGCUUCGUCAUGUCCUUCUCCCUCCUGUGCCUCUACUUCUGCGGCGUUCACGGCGGCGGCGGCAGCUGCUGGGUCACCUUGGAUGCCAUCUGCCACAGCACGGCAGCGCUGUUCUACCUCAGUGCCGCGGUGCUGGAAGCCUACACCACCUAUUCGCUUGGCUUCACAUUGCUGGCUCAGGAGUACAGGGAGAACAUUGCUGCUGUGGUAUUUGCAUUCGUGGCCACCCUGCUGUAUGUGAUCCACAAGGUGUUCUCGCUCCUGCGGUGGAAAUCGUCCUGAGGGCCUGAACAGCCCCAGCAACAACAGCUGUCCUCUCCAGGCUGGGUUUGGGGUUUGUUUUCUAAUGCAUAGCCUAGAAACAAGUAGCUUUUUAUGUGGGAUCAUGGUGAUGAAGACAAGGAGCUUGCCAGAGAAAGGAAUAUCUUGGCACAAUCUGUUUCCCUUCAAUAUCUUCCAGGCUGGGUACAGUUUGAUGCUGGGGCCAAAAUAAAAAAAAAAAAGCCAUCCAGUUUUAAAAAAACAGUAUAGUUGGGUUCAAAGGGCUAAAAUAUCCCUGGACUUCACCUUUAUGUAUCCAGAGUUGUUACUGGUAUCAGGGGAAAAGGGAACAACAAACACCAAGGAGUACAAGUGUGAAACUGUGUCAUUUUAAUUGCUGUGUGCCCAUUUAAGUGUGUUUCCCCCCCUAGAACCACUGUGCAAAUUAAUAUUUUCAAGCAGUUUCUGAAAAUGCCUUCUCUGACUUGCAAUGAACAAUGGGGACAAUAUUUAACUCAGCUCAGGAGCAAUGUGGAUCACUGUAGCUCCUGAAGGGUGCUGCUGAAUUCUGAGGUACGACUGUAAGGCCAGGAAUUACCACUGCCCUUGAUCCCAGCCCUACAAAGCACAACCUGGAAGGGGCCCAGUGGGCUGUAGGAGACUUCUCUGGGUGGUCAGAAUCAAAUCCUCAGUAAGCAGAGGCAAUCAACUCCUGCCUUUGGUGAAUGCUACUCUCUCACACUGCCAUGGUGUCACUAAUAAAGAUGGGUUUGCUGUGA